AGUUCUUUUCUAUUCCUCCUGAUCUGUUUUGCAAUGUCUGGACGCGGCAAGCAGGGCGGCAAGGCUCGCGCCAAGGCCAAGACCCGCUCGUCCCGCGCCGGCCUGCAGUUCCCCGUGGGCCGCGUGCACCGGCUCCUCCGCAAGGGCAACUACUCGGAGCGGGUGGGCGCCGGCGCCCCGGUCUACCUGGCGGCAGUGCUGGAGUACCUGACGGCCGAGAUCCUGGAGCUGGCUGGCAACGCGGCCCGCGACAACAAGAAGACGCGCAUCAUCCCGCGCCACCUGCAGCUGGCCAUCCGCAACGACGAGGAGCUCAACAAGCUGCUGGGCCGCGUGACCAUCGCGCAGGGCGGCGUCCUGCCCAACAUCCAGGCGGUGCUGCUGCCCAAGAAGACCGAGAGCCACCACAAGGCCAAGGGAAAAUAAGAGCAGCUUUUCAUCACACUGAUUUUUACUGUAACAACAAAGGCUCUUUUCAGAGCCACCACUUUCUCUUGAAAAGAGCUUUCUGCUGGCUUUACUAGUCACUACAAUAUAGCGUUCCAGUUGCACUGUCCACAUUA